AUGAAAAGAUCUAAAUUAUAAACAUCAGACAUCUUAGAUUGGUAUAAAAAGAGAUUUCCUCAAAAAGUAAAACGAAAUUAUUUGUAUUUACCAGAGGAAAUCAAACAGUAAGAGAGAGCAUAAGUUAUAUUUGAGAAUUUGGAUAAGAAGAAAGAAAAUAAAUUAGCAAUUGAUAAAUUAUAUGAUAUUUGUGUGAAGAGUGGAAUGAGCAUAAAUCGAAACUAAGUAAGAAUGCUGUUUGAAAAGAUUGAUGAAGAUAAGAGCAAAUGGAUUGAUUUGGAAGAGUUUUAAAAAUCGGUUCUUGAUUAGGAAGUAGGAGAAUUUGCAAUGAAAGUGAGGAAGAACUUAGAAGAAGGAUAUCUACCAAUAUAUUAUAAGAGUUUAAUAUCGCAUUUAAGCUUUGUUUCAAAUCGAGAAGAGCUCAUUUAAUAAAUUAAUGAUUAAAGCAAAAGUAAGAUAGAAAGGUUUGAUAAAAUAAAAGAAAUAAUGAAAUUACCCUAUGAUGACAUAGAGUAAUAGGACAAUAACUUAUAAGUUUAACAAGCAAGGAGAAAGUUGAGUGAAUUAAAGUAGGAUUAUGAAGGAGUUUAAAAGAUGGACCCAGAAACAUAGGAGUUUAUUACUUAAAUGAAUUAGAAAUUAGAAGAUACAAAGAACAAAGGGGAUGAGGAUUCUCUGUUGUUGAAAAAGAGAGUCAAAAGGAAAUCUUUACCUCAUUAUAGUUCGAUUAUGAGUUUACCUAAGAUAGAGCAAAAUCAUAUGAAAUGGCACAAGAACUUGAGUUUGAUCGACAAUUAAGUCAGAUAAAAAAUAUUUAGUGAAAUAUAAACUAAGAGUAAUUAAAUAAAUUAAUUAAUUUCCCCAAGAACGAAAAAGUAAAAAGAUUUAGUAUAUUUGAAAAAUCAAUAAUCGAAAUACAUAAAAAAAGCAAAAAAAUAAUUUGAUAUUCAAUUUGAUUUUAUUGAUGAGAAUCAAUAAUCGAUAGAUUAUACAGGUGGCAGAAGUUUUGAAGAAGGAAUAUUAAGUUUAUUCUAAUAAUAACAAUAAUAAGGUAGUUUGUGCAACUUCACUAAUAUAUCAACAAUAAAAAAUGAUAAGAAUGACAGGGAUGAAAUAUUAGAUUACUCAGGAGAUCAUUUGCCAAAAUCUAUCUUAAGAAAACUUCAGCAAUAUAAAAAUGUUACCAGAGACUCUACUCAAAUUUUGUUGGACAAGUCAAUACUUUCCAGUCAAUAAUCCAAAUAAUCUGGGAAGUUGACCCCAAUCUAUUAUCAAAGAAUGAUCCACCAAACUCAUACUAAUACAGAUUCUCUAAACUCUAAUGAUAUGCCUACGCAACCUAAAAGGAGAACAUAUUCAUAACAAGAUAUCAAAUAUUAAACUCCUCAUUUUAAGCAAUCAGAAUUCUAACUUCCAUAUUUAUGAAUUAUUUUAUGAUAUUGAUUCAUUUAAUUAUUUUUUGAUUGUUGAAUCCUUCAACCAGU